AAGUGGUAUUGCCACUUACGCACUCUCCCCCGGUCGGGUAUAUUUUGGAACUAACCUCGAACAAAGCAUCACGUCACCAAUAUUAGCCGCAUGUCAUAGAAUGUCACAGUUCGUGAGAUUUUGUUUCUACGCUCCAGCGGAAACAGAACUCAUUCAAAACAGGCUUGCAUAAGAAUGCAGGACUCACUAACACUCACGAUUUGUACGCUUAGACCAAAAGGCUGGGUUUAUCGCUAAGCUAUCGACAUAUACUACUGUAAAAACAAGUCCAGGAAGCAACAGACAUGGCCCCGGCAGUAACCAAAACUGUAGUCCAAGAAGGGAGUCUUCGACACCGGCCAAAAACUCUAUACUGUAAGAUCUGCCUGGCCGACUGUCCAACCAAGAAAGGAGCAAUACUUAAAUCAUGUGGCUGUUUCUUCUGUAAAGAGUGCCUCAAACAGUACGUAGCCCAUGCCAUAGCAGACGGCAGUGUGUUACAGAUACCCUGUCCCGAUGGCGUGUGCCCUGAUAAGGGGGACUUGAUGGAAAGCGAGAUUGCAGACUUGAUCGCUGAAGAUUUAUUUCAGAAUUUUCAAAAAAUGCGGGCCAUUAAAGAAAUUCAGAUAAGUAAAUCAAAAGCUUUCUGUCCUAAGCCUGACUGCAAAGGUGUCGUGGAGAGUAUUCCGGGGGCUGCUAAAGAAGUCUGCUGUUCUGAGUGUGGCUAUUCCUUCUGCUUUGCAUGCAAAGGUCCUUGGCACCCAGAGAAACAUUGCCAAAAUAAAGGAGAAAAAGCAAAUGGAAUAAAGUUUUUUGAGCUUGUAAAUGGCGAGGAAGUCUUGGUGGAGAUCAAAGCUUGUCCAACUUGUCAAGUUUUAAUUCAGCGUGAUGAGGGGUGUGCACAGAUGAUGUGUGGAAACUGCAAACACAUCUUCUGCUGGCACUGUCUCAAGGGGCUUGAUAGUGACAUUCUACUGCGCCAUUAUGACAAAGGACCCUGUCGUGAUAAGUUGGGACACUCACGGACAACACUGCUCUUGCAUAGGACUCAGGUUGUUGCAGGUUUUGUCUUCUUUGGAGCCAUGAUUGUCAUUGCUUCACCAUUCCUUCUGGUCAUUUCACCAUGCUUCUUGCUGUCAAAGUGUCUAUUUCGCAACAAGAAAGAGAAGUCCCAGUAGAUGCAGUAUUACCAUACAACAGUAUUACCAUACAACAGUAUUACCAUACAACAGUAUUACCAUACAACAGUAUUACCAUUAGAGUUUUCAUAGAUACAUACAAUAACAACACUCACAGGUUAAGAGAAUGAAAAAUGAAUUACAUUUGGAGCUUAUAAUCCAAAAUGGAUGAAUUACAAAUGACAGAAGUGAAUAGUGAAUCCACUUUUAAAACUCUCCUGAAGAGUAUUUUUUAAUAGGUUUCAAUGCUAUAAAAACAAAAUUUUGUGUCUUUGAAACAAUGAAUUUUAGUAUUGAGUGCAGCGACUGAAUAGUUGCAAUGUUCCCCUGCAUUAAGUUUUCAGUUGAUCUGGACAAUUUGGAGGCUGCUGGACAGCUUCCUAAAAAACUUUGGAAUGCAGGAAAAGAUUGCAAUGUCAGAAAUCAUCGAGGCAUUUACUACAUUACCACACAACUACUAGUAAUUAGAUUACAAAACUAUUUUAUAAACAAAAGAGAAUAUCACUUCUCCUAGCAAUAAGACAAUACUAGGUAACAUCAAAAUACAUUAUCAUUUUGAGUGUUGGACAUGUUAGAUACUUCAGUUGAUCUGAAAUAUCACACUUGAGUGUUAACAUUCCUUCAGUGCAGUUAUUUUGCAUUGAUAAUACAUCGUAAAGCUACAUUUUUCAUCAUAUAGCUUGAUAGAUUAGAAAUUGCGAAAGUGAUUGAGCAAUUUCAUUGUUUGAUAAAUUAGGCUAUGUAAAAUUCAGUUGCUCAUAAUACCACCACUCUAAGCAGCUUUGUGACAGAAGGUCAAGAGGACCAGAUAUUGCUGCCUUGUUUGUUUCAGUUGAUCUGAAAUUUCCCAACUCUGGUUGCUGGACAAUCAGUGUCAAGGCAUUUGUGGCAAGCAUUAAGGUCUGUGAACAGAGUAAGGAAGUCAAUCCUUCAUAAAAAAAAAAACACCAAACCUGAUUUUGAGGUUUACACCCACCUGCAACCAACUCUAGUAAUCAUUUAGCUAUAUUACUCAGUGUUUGAGUUAAAUAAUGCCAUGUAGUUUUUUUUUAUUACUUGACAGGGCUCUAGAAGAGGCUGGGUCAACGGGGGUGUGCCCUCAUAUUUAAAAAAUUAGGGAAUGAUCAGUAGGGUGUGGCUGUGCACCCCAGUCUGUAUCAUGCCCCCCCUCCCCACCCACCCCCACAAAAAAUGGAGGUCUGCUACAGCCCUGAUUGGUUUAGUAGUAAUAAAAAAGUUGUCCUGACUGUAAUUACAAAACAUUAGUAAAGUAUAUAUAGAUGAAAGCAUAGCUCAAAUGCAUUGGCAGGUCAAAGAUGGUUUGUCGGUAAUAGAAUUCAGUUGAUCUGAAAUCUGUUUGCAAUUACUGCUGGACAGUACUUGCAGUAAAACGAUGCAGCUUUUUCUGCCUUUGUGUGAGCUGUCUCAACAUUGUAGAGAAGAAUUGAAUGCAAAAUUUGCAGGUUUUGUAUUAGCUUGAGUGUCAUACACUUUUUUCUUAGAAAAUAAAAUAUAAAUUCUUAGUAAGUAUCUUUUAACCAUGUAGAAGUCUUCAAUUACUUAUUAGUCUCCUUCGCAGCCCCCAGCAGUCAGUCACACAGCGCUUGACACCGACCGCUGGGGGCUGCGGAGACUAAUUACUUAUGUGUGAUAUUCAAAAGGCAGGGCCCCUAUAAUAAAGCAUUUGGAUUUCUUGCUUGUUAUGUUUAGAAGGGCAAUAUUUCCAACAAAUUAAAUACUGUUCACUUGGAUAGCUUAUUAUGCAUUAUCAUAAGGCAGGCCUGCAGCCAGAAUCAAAAUUUCACCAAAGCAAAGCUAGCCACUGUAUAAUAAAUCAAACAAAAGCAGGUUUUUUAUCUCAUACUUUUCAAAUGUGAAACACUAAACAUCAAAAUUUUAGUAAGGCAAGUGCCUCACUUGCCUCACGCUGGCUACAGCCCUGUAAGGAAUAACUAAAUGCCUUUUUUGUUGCUUUUUUUUAAUAUAAAUUGUUGAACAAUUUUCAAUUGAACUGUAAAACAGUACUAUGUUAGGCUUUCUAAAUAAACUUUGUCAUAAAAACA